UGCAAGAUCCCUACCAAGCCCACACAAGACUGACCACCUGAUGGCUGAUCGAAUCCCACCCGAAUUGACUGGUGCUACGUUCGAUCACAGGUCGAUUCCGCUGAACUCAGGGCAGUUGUUGCACGCAGUUGGGAUCGAUCGACUAUUCAGGCUGCCCGGUGUUGGCGGCGUACCGAAAGGAGACCAUCCGGUCCGCGGUGUCGCAUCGCGUCGUGCGUCCGUGCCCAACAGCUGGUCUGGUCGUGCCGGUGGGCCGAGGAAGACGUAUUAGACACGGGCGGCAGCGACUCCGCCUACCGCGAGCCGCGCCACAGGGGGGCGGGAUUUCCACGGGCGAUGUGCUCGCCCGCCGGCGCACCCGCCCUUGUCUCGCGCGUCGCGCCGCCGGGGGCGCCGGGGCGAUUGGUCGUCCUUAUUUAGGCACCGUCCGAGCCGAGCUGAGCCAAGGCGCCAUGAGCUCCUCCUCCCCCGUGGCGCGCCUCCUCUUGUCACUGCUCCUGUGCGCCGCCGCGCUCGGAUUCGUCCCCCGCUGCCAUGGCGCUCGCGCCGCGGUGGCGCCCGGCUUCGUCACCGUCUCCGCCGCCAGCUUCAAGCCGGGGUCGACGUGCAGCUCCCCCGACCCAGGUUUCAGUUGCACCGCGGCGGAACGGCACGUCGGCCGUGCUGCGGCUGACGCCCCGGCACGGGCCGUGCGCCCCCUCGCGGACGUCCUCGCUGGCGGCGGCCCCGUCGGUCGCCGACACGCUGCGCGCGGACCAGCGGCGGGCGGAGUACAUACUGAGGAGGGUGUCCGGUGCCGGCGCGCACCAGCUGCUGGGAUCCAAGGCGGCGGCGGCGACGGUGCCGGCGAGCUGGGGCUACGACAUCGGCACGCUCAACUACGUGGUGACGGCGAGCCUGGGCACGCCGGGCGUGGCGCAGACGCUGGAGGUGGACACCGGCAGCGACCUGUCGUGGGUGCAGUGCAAGCCGUGCGCGGCGGCGGCGUGCUACAGCCAGAAGGACCCGCUCUUCGACCCCGCCCGGUCGUCGUCGUACGCCGCCGUGCCGUGCGGCGCGUCCGCGUGCGCGGGGCUGGGCCUGUACGCGGCCGGCUGCUCGGCGGCGCAGUGCGGGUACGUGGUCAGCUACGGCGACGGGUCCAACACCACGGGCGUGUACGGCUCCGACACGCUGACGCUGACGGCGACGGACGCGGUGCAGGGGUUCCUCUUCGGCUGCGGCCACGCGCAGAGCGGGCUGCUCGCCGGCAUCGACGGGCUCCUCGGCCUCGGCCGCGAGCCGGUGUCGCUCGUGGGGCAGACAGCGGGCGCGUACGGCGGGGUCUUCUCCUACUGCCUCCCGACCAAGCCGUCCACCGCGGGGUACCUGACGCUGGGCGCCGCGGCGGGCGGCGCGGCGCCGGGGUUCGCGACGACGCAGCUGCUGCCGUCGCCGGCCGCGCCGACGUACUACAUCGUGAUGCUGACGGCCAUCAGCGUGGGCGGGCAGGCGCUGAGCGUGCCGCCCUCGGCGUUCGCGGGCGGGGCGGUGGUGGACACGGGCACGGUGGUCACCCGGCUGCCCCCGGCCGCGUACGCGGCGCUGCGGUCCGCGUUCCGCGGCGGGAUGGCGGCGUACGGGUACCCGUCGGCUCCGCCGAACGGGAUCCUGGACACGUGCUACGACUUCGCCGGGUACGGCGCCGUGACCCUCCCCACCGUGGCGCUGACGUUCAGCAGCGGCGCGACCCUGACGCUGGGCGCGGACGGGAUCCUGUCGUUCGGGUGCCUGGCGUUCGCGGCCAGCGGCAGCGACGGCGGCAUGGCCAUCCUCGGGAACGUGCAGCAGCGCUCGUUCGAGGUGCGCAUCGACGGCGCCUCCGUCGGGUUCAGGCCCGGCGCCUGCUGAUCAUUGCUCACCCAUUCGCUCAUCGAUUAACAGCCGGUGACUGGCUUCUGAUUAAUGAAUUACAAUCUAGUACUAGCAGUGAGUAUGCGUGUACGCACACGAGAGUACAUAGAUACAUAGUACAUGACAGUAUACAUACAGAUUUGCAGAGUAUACAUGACAACAUAAAUACACGACAGUUGGAUGCA